AUGCUCUCCAUUGUCAUCUUUCUCUUCUCUGUUCCCUCGUUAGUAUUUUGCCAACCUUUCAGUAAUUUUCAAAAGUAUGAUUUGCCAUCAGCAGCCGUAGGUCCUUUCUCCAUAGCAUUUGACUCCUCGGGAAGAGGACCCUUUACAGGUAUAUCCGACGGCAGAGUUUUGAGAUAUGAUCCUGUACAGAACAGUUUCUUUGAUUUUGCCUUCACCAGUCCCAAUAGGUCAAAGGCAGUUUGUGAUGGAACGGAUAAUAAUGAUAAUCCAACUAGAGGAGCAAUCUGUGGGAGGCCAUUGGGUGUAAGCUUCCAUUUUAGGACAAAUCAACUAUAUGUAACAGAUGCUUAUAAGGGACUCCUAGUGGUUCCACCAAAUGGAAGACUUGCAGAAAAUGUUGCCACCGGUGCUGAAGGGGUGCCCUUCAAAUUUCCUUUCCUCUUGGAUGUUGAUCAAGUAACUGGAGAUGUAUAUUUCACAGAAUUUAGUUCUCAGUUUCAACUAAGCCAAGUCCAACAUGCCAUCGAUGUUCGCGAUUCAACAGGAAGGUUGCUAAAAUACAAUCCCAACACUGGAGAGACAACAGUGCUGCUAAGGGGACUCUCAGGAGCAGCCGGGAUUGCGCUCAGUUAUGACCGAACUUACCUCCUCAUCGCCGAGAUGACUGCAAACAGAGUUAAGAAAUUAUGGCUCAGUGGUCCCAACGCUUUUACAACGGUUGAUCUGAUCACAGUGCGGGGAAGACCUUCUAAUAUCAAGAAGAACUCACUCGCAGAUUUCUGGGUGGCGGUGAACACUUGGAUACCGGGACCGACGGUUGGUUCGAUGAUUAGGGUUCCGUCGGCGAUAAGAAUUUCUGGAACAGGUGGUGCUAUUUUGCAGACUGUGGAUCUUAGUAGCUAUUAUACAAAUACGUCAAUUAGUGAAUUCCAACCGUUUGGCCUUGGAGGUUACAUCGGUGCCCUAAGGGCCGCUUCUCUUGGUCGUGUCAACUAG